GCAGAACUCUGAAUGAAGGCGGGAGUAUCGAGACGCGACGGUUUCAAUUUCUUUUGCUAGUCGCGACUUCUUAACACUACCGUUUACGCACUGGGUUCAAUCGCUCGAUCGUUUUAUUUUGUUUUAAAAGUGUUAUAAUAAAAUAAUAAACAAAUACAUCGAUAGUGAAAAAGAAAAUCAAAAAUGAAAAAACUUUAUUAAAACUGAAAAAAGUAUUAAAUUUAAAUGAGUUAUGUGACUUGAAAAGUGUUUUGGAUUUAAUAUUUUUUUUAUUAUUGAUUCUAACAACCCUUAAAAAUGAAAUUAAAAGUGUUUUUAAUUUUUUUAAUGCGAUUAAUUUCAAAAACUGUUUGUGAUACGUGUACAAAGUUAUCAGAAAAUCCUUUUCUUAAAACUAUCAUCGAGGGUGGAAAUAUAACCAAUGGUUUACCGAUAGAUGUGCUUUUGGGUUCAAUAGUCGACGAUGAAACCAUCUUGGAAAACGAAUUGAAAGGGAAAUUAUGCCUGAAGAACAUCACCGAGUGCAUCGAAGCAGAUGGCGAUUACAAACCUGCUGCAGAUCAAUUAACAAGAUUCCUUUUAAAUAGAAGUCCACCAUUCGACCUUAGUAAAGUUGAAGGUGUUAGUGAACGAUGUAAAAUCUCAAGCAGGAAGUUUAUUGAUGACCUUAACAAUUUCAAGUUUUGGGCUUUACAAAUGUACGACGCUUCAGCAAAACUUCCAUCAGGAAUUCUAAGCGGAAACGUAAUCCAAUUUGGCGAUUUCGAUCUUUGCAUGAAAUCUUCAAAUCCGACUGACGAUAUUUAUGGAAAAUACUGUCUCCCUAACGUCCAAUUUACAGUUCCUAAUAGCCCUUAUUUUUCCGCCUUGCACAAAUUAAUCCAUUCCCAUAAUUUAUUAAGAAGCAACCUGAGAGAUCCGGGUCACAGGGUUCCAAGAUAUUCCAGCAUACAGUGGGGUCUUUGUAUACCUGAUGGUUGUAGUAACAAAGAUGUUGAAUUGGGAGUUAGAGAAGGAUUGAAAUAUAUUUUUAAUGGAACUGAUUUUGAAUUUGAUAUGAGAUUAGAUGAGGAAAUGUGUCAAAGUUCAAGAGUGGAAAAUUGGAAUUUAAGCACUAAAAUUGGAUUUGGAUUUUUUGGCGUUGUUAUUUUAUUGGAAAUCUUAUCAACUUUAUAUGAACUAUUUUAUAAAGGAUCUAAAAACGACUUAAUCGUUGCUUUUUCUAUGUUUAAAAACAUAAAGAAAGUUUUUGCGACAUCCAAAGGAGAAAAUGAUAUCGAAGCUGUUCAUGUUAUAAGAUUUUUAAACGCUAUAAUGCUAUUAGCAGCACAUAAAUCGAUGGCUCUCCUUUAUUUACCUUAUGUAAAUAGAACAGAUUCCUCAGAAAGUUUAGGUCAAGCUUGGACUGUAAUUGGAAGAGCAGCCAGUUUAUACACAGACCCCUUUAUUAUGAUAUCGGGAACUUUAUCUGCGUACUCAUUAUUUGGAAGAUUAAAAAAGGGGAAUAAGAUUAAAAUCUUUCAAGAAUAUAUUUCGAGAAUAUUAAGAAUUUUGCCCACAUUUGCUGCUUUAAUUAUUUUUUGUACGUUCGUUUUACCUUGGACAAAUUCUGGGCCUUUAUGGAACUCUGUAGUUACUCAUCAUUCGGAUAUUUGCAAAAAAUAUUGGUGGAGAAAUAUGUUAUUCAUUCAUAAUUAUUUUGGAUUUAAAAAUAUGUGUCUUACUCAUACACAUCACGUCGGAAUAGACACCCAAUUAUUCUUUUUAUCCCCGAUAUUCGUAUUAUUAGUAUGGAAAUGGCCCAAAAGAGGAUUAUUUACAUUAUUUACAAUAGCUUGUAUCUCAACAGGGAUGAGAUAUUACGCUACUUAUACCAAAAAAUUAUCAAAUUACGUUCAUUUUGGAACAUCAACUGACCAAUUAUUUAAAACAGCGGAUCAUAUGUAUAUCUUACCACCACACAGACUCACAGUUUACAUUAUGGGAAUAAUUUUAGCCUACAUUUUAAGAGAAUACAAGAACGUGCAAUUAAAACCAAUCUAUGUUAAAAUAGGAAACUUUCUUGCAAUCACAUCAUUUUGUGGGGCAUUAUUUGUUCCAUCAUUCAUGGGCGAUUUAAAUUACAUUUAUAAUCCUGUUGAUGCCGCUUGGUAUGCGGCUUACGCCCCCAUUAUGUGGUGUUUGUGCUUUGCCUGGUUCAUUUACAUCACACAUGUUGGAUAUAGAGGUUAUUUUAAUUAUAUACUAUCACAUCCUAUUCCGAAACUUUGGACGAAUAUUUCUUAUACAGUUUAUUUAACUCAGUUUCCAAUUUUUUUCUACAACGUAGGAAUAACAAAGCAUAGUGAUGAUUAUGGAGUUAUUCGAAAAACGGUGAAUUUGUUAGAAACGUUUUGGAUAAUAUUUUUUUCGAUAGCUUUAACUUUGUUGUUUGAAAUGCCCUCGCAAAAUAUCAGGAAUUUAAUAUUCAAUGGUAAAAGUCAAAUAGUAAAAAAUGAAAAGAAAGUCGAGAAAAAUAGUAACAAUUUCAUAGAAAAUGAAAAAGAAAAGAUCUGGUGAUAAAUAAAUAUGAAAGUUGA